UUUCAGUAGAAUCUCAUGUAAGAAAUGAGGGCGUUGAAAGUACACAAGACAACUAAAGGUUAAGCAGGAUGCUUGAAGUCAAUGACAUUUAGAUGUAUAAAGUUUGAUCCUUAAUUUUAUUAAGGCAUCAAAUGAGAUGCAAUGCAAUGUAGAUGUACUGCAAGUGAUCUCUGGGAUAUUGGUAUACAACAACAACAACAACAACAACAACAAGCCUUUAUCCUACUAGGUGGGGUCGGCUACAUGGAUUAUGGGUGCAUUGCUGGAGGUGCUGCUGGUGUUGUUGUAGAAACAGCCUUGUAUCCAAUUGAUACUAUAAAAACUCGACUUCAGGCUGCCCGUGGUGGAGGGAAAAUCAUUUUGAAGGGUCUAUAUUCUGGAUUGGCUGGAAAUCUUGCUGGUGUCUUACCAGCUUCUGCAAUUUUUGUUGGUGUAUAUGAACCCACAAAAUUGAAACUGCUAGAUUCCCUGCCUGAAAAUCUCAGCGCUGUUGCUCAUUUUGCUGCAGGUGCCAUUGGUGGUUUGGCUUCUUCUCUUGUUCGUGUUCCAACUGAGGUUGUUAAGCAAAGAAUGCAAACUGGACAGUUUACUUCAGCUUCUGCUGCUGUCCGUCUCAUUGUUGCCAAGGAGGGUUUCAAAGGUCUCUAUGCGGGAUAUGGAUCCUUCCUAUUGCGAGAUUUGCCAUUUGAUGCCAUACAAUUUUGCAUAUAUGAGCAGCUUCGGAUAGGAUAUAAGUUAGCGGCCAAAAGAGAUCUGAAUGAUCCAGAGAAUGCUAUGCUUGGUGCUUUUGCUGGUGCUGUAACUGGAGCAGUUACAACUCCUCUGGAUGUUGUAAAAACCAGAUUGAUGGUUCAGGGAUCACAAAGCCAUUACAAAGGCAUUAGUGAUUGUGUGAGAACCAUAAUCAAAGAAGAAGGAACUCAAGCUCUUUUCAAGGGCAUGGGGCCUAGAAUUUUGUGGAUAGGCAUUGGAGGUUCAAUUUUCUUUGGUGUUCUUGAGAAGACAAAGCAAAUUCUUGCUCAAAGGCACCAGCAAGAUGAGGCCAAGAGGCCAAUAUCUUCUGUAGCCCCAAGAUGAGCUGAUGCUCUAAACUCACGAGUUUUGUAGCAUCCAUGCUUUUCUUUCAUUUAGGAAAUUCAUUAAUUUCCUUGACCUUGAUUCUUAUGAUUUCAUUUUUAAAGAGAGUGCAGAAAUAGAAGUUUGGAUGUAAUAAUAACAUGCUUUUCCAUAUAAUUAA